AUGGGAGUACAUCAUUACAUUUUCGAGCUAGUUGCUCCUACCACUGCUAUCGGUGCUGUUUUUGUUCUUCUUAUAGGUCCCAUAUUCUUUCCACGUGUUUAUAUUUGGUUUUUGUUGGCUUACUUUACAACUUUUUUAUAUAUUUCUGUAAACCAUUUUCUAAAAUUUUGUUUAACUGUACGAAACAUCAAAAAGAACAUUCGAGAUUGGAAUGCAAAACAAGAGCAGCAAUCUUCAUCACGAGAUUAUGAUUCUAAGGAAGUGGUUAAAAGUACUGCUACCAAUAAUGGAAGGAUAACUCCAACAAGGAACGGUUAUACGUCUGUAUCUAUGACUGAUGAUGAUAACAAAUAUAGCGAGAUGGAAAGUGCGCUUAAACAAUAUGAAGGACAGUAUAUUCACGCUUUCGUUAUUCCAAAUUAUGAGGAACCAGAGCCGUUAUUAAGAGAUACUAUCAAGAGAUUGGCUCAACACAGGAACGCUACCACGACUUAUGUUGUUAUAUUGGCAAUGGAAGAGUCCGAAGUCGACCAUACUUCAAAAGCUGCAAGUCUCAAGAGAACUUUUGAUGGUUCUUUCCGUGACUUUAUUAUAACGGUUCAUCCAAAAGAUGUCCCUGGUGAAAGUCGAGGCAAGGGUAGCAACGUCGCAUAUGCAGCUCGUGAGGCAUGUGAACUUUUGGCACGAAAGGUCGACAAACGGCACGUAGUAUUUACGAUCACAGAUUCGGAUUCUGCAAUUCCAGAACUUUAUAUUCGUCAAAUUGAAAAAGCAUUAUCAGAAUCCGAAGAUCCUUAUAAUACCAUUUGUUCUCCUCCAAUUUUCUUUUCAAGAAAUGCAUUGGAUGUUCCCGCUGCUGUGCGUGUUACUGACAUUAUGUGGUCUAUUAUGGUCAUGCAAAAUUUAAGUAAUCCCAGAGGAUUAGCAUUUCCUUGUUCUACAUAUAGUUUAAGCAUGGUAAAGGAACUCUCAAAUAUU